AAGGUGGGCCCAGUGAAUUGCAUACUCAAGCCCAGGAACCGUCCCAGGAACUGGCUGAACUACCGCUACAGGCCCAAGAACUGCGGGCAGCCAUGGUUCGCAUUCAAUCCUCUGGCCUUCCUGCAACGGAUGAGAAACAGGGUGUUUGCCUCAGUGGGCGACUCGCUCUCAGUCAGCAAUCUCAUGCCGUCGCUGCUGUGUCAGCUACACCAAGUAUCUCCAGUGACGGAAAUUCCAAACGACGGCACAUACGCAAAAGAAGGCCCACCCACCAAAGUGUACCGAGUCAAAGCAUUCAAUAUCACCUUAGUUAACACGUGGAGCACAUUUCUUAACGAGUACUGGCAAGACGAGCAGACGGUCCAGCAGUACAACGGAGGCGUUCCUUUAACCGAAGAGGAUUCAGUGGUGAACCUUGAUGGGCUCGAUGCCCAGUGGGCGGCGUAUAUCGGGCAGUAUGACGUGCUUAUAUUGCAGACGCAGGCGCAUUGGCAGUCCACCAAGUAUAAGUGGCGGCGAUUCUGGGUGAACAGUACGGGGGAUCAAAUCUUUAACGAGUCGAGAUUCCUUGCUGCUUUUGAGUAUGGCAUGGAAGCAAUCAAGAUGCUCCUCGACCAACCAGAGGCGCCGAUCACUUAUUUUAUUUCUGCCCCAGCGAGAUUGGAUGGAUGCAAGGCACUGAAGGCACCAUAUACAGAUGCCCAGGUCGCAACUAUUCGCAAGAAUAACCGUCAGUUCGUUGCUUGGGUGUUUGCAUCAGCAGGCGAUUCCCUCUCCUACUUCAAUUUCAUUCCGUCCCUUCUUUGCCAGUUACACCAAGCCUCCCCAGUGCAUAGCAUUCCAGUUCCCCCUCGUCUCGCUCCCCGCAUCAGCCUAGUCUACCACGGGCCACAAUACAAUGUGACUAUAGUGAACACCUGGAGCACGUUCCUCAACCAGUGCAGGCAGGACAAACAAACCCUCGCUAAAUACAAUAAAGGCCGCCCGGUCACACCAGAGGAUUCAGUGGUGAAUUUGGAGGGCGUGGAUUGGCGGUGGGGGCGGUACUUAGCUAAGUAUGACGUGCUUUUGCUGCAGUCAGCGGCGCACUGGCAGCCGAAACGGACGAGGUGGCGCCGGUUCUUUACCGACAGGCGGGGGCGAGUUGCUUAUAACGAAUCGCGCUUCUAUCGCGCGUUCCGGGCUGGCAUGCAGAGUGUGAAGAAGCUGGUGGAUCGGGCCAAUGACAAGGCGACACGUGGCAGCAGCAGCAACAGCAGCAGCAGAAGCAGCAGCAGCAGUGCUGGUGGUUCUGCUGCUGCUGCUGGUAACAAGUGGCCUGUGGUGUUCUUUUUUUCUGCUCCCACAAAGCAGAGUGGCUGUGCUGCUUCCUUCGAGCCUCGCACCGAAGGAGAGGUUUCCAUUUACCGCAAGCGGAACCCACAAACGUCCAAAUGGCUGCCUCUUCAGCGCAAGAUCUUCGCCCAAUCACACAUACACCUUAUAGACGUGACCUCCGCCUCGGUAUACCGCCCCGACGCGUUUGUUGGGUCAGGCGGCGUAAAUAAGGAUUGUGUACACUGGUGCCUCCCUGGGGUUCCGGACUCUUGGGUUGCGAUGGUGCUCGGAGCCAUGCUUCAAGAGCGCCGAUUGGUCGGAACAAUAGGAAAAAUAGCACCUCUUCCAGGUGUAGGUGGUGGUCUAGGAGUGGGUAAAGGGCUGCCUUAUAGGGUGGAUGACAGGCUCCCUGAUGAGGAGGUGAGAUUUGACGAGAGGAAGAGAACGAAGGGAAAGGGGGAUGGGGCGCUGGAUCUUAUAGCAAAGAAGAGGGAGAGCAUGUACUUCCAUUUUCAUAAACACAAAGCUCAUUUAUAG